GGCGGGGUGGGCAAGACGGUCGAGAUCGAUGAGACUGUCAUUACUAAGAGGAAGUAUGGUGUAGGUCGGUGUGUCCGACAGCAAUGGAUUUUUGGUGGGGUUGAAAUAGACAGCGGGGAGUGUUUUUUGGUCCCCGUAGAUAACAGGUCCGCUGCCACUCUUAUGCCUCUAAUUUAUAAGCAUAUACUGCCUGGUACGACCAUUGUUUCCGACUGCUGGGCAUCGUACAGCCAAAUACAAGGUGCAGAUUAUUCACAUUUGACUGUGAAUCAUUCUCUCAACUUUGUUGAUCCUGUCACUUCGGCGUGUACUAACCACAUCGAGUCCCUCUGGCAGAAAUUUAAGCAAGCCCACCGCACCAGAUUCGGCACUCACCGCACUCUUCUCCCUGCUUACAUCGAAGAGUUCGUUUGGCGGAAAAAGUUUUCCGGUCCUGAUGCAUUCUAUCAUCUUUGGAUGCAAAUACAGCACAUCUGCUGA